AUGGGACAAGAAAGACAUUCCAACUACGUUCUACACCAGAGAAUUCACACUGGAGAGAAGCCCUACAAGUGUAACAAUUGUGGGAAGGCAUUCAGCAACAGUUCAUAUUUCAUCCAGCACCACAUCACCCACAUGGGAGAGAAGCCCUAUACCUGCAAUGACUGCGGCAAAACCUUUACCCAGAGCUCCUCGCUCACUGAGCACCAGAGGAUCCACACUGGAGAGAAACCCUACAAAUGCAAGGAAUGUGGGAAGGCCUUCACCCAGAGUUCCUCACUCAUCAAACACCAAUGAUGCCACACCAGAGAGAAACCCUAUAAAUGCAGCCAAUGUGGGAAGUUCUACUCACAGAUGUCCCACCUCACCCAUCACCAGAAAAUCCACACGGGGGAGAAGCCGUACCAAUGCAAAGAGUGUGGCAAGGCUUUCUGUCACACUUCCUCCCUGACUCAGCACCAGACAAUCCACACUGGAGAGAAGCCCUACAAGUGUAAUAAGUGUGGGAAAACCUUCAGCCACAGCUCGUCCCUGACUCAGCACCAGCCAGUUCAGACUGGAGAGAAACCCUAUGAGUGCCCCAAGUGUGGCAAAGCCUUCAGCCACAGUUUAUCCCUGACCCAGCAUCAGAGGAUUCAUACUGGGGAGAAGCCCUACGAGUGUCCUGAGUGCGGGAAGGCUUACACACAGAUUGCUCUACUCACGAGGCACCAGAGCAUUCACAUGGGGGAGAAACCCUAUAUAUGUAAUGAGUGUGGAAAGGCCUUUAGUCACACCUCCUCCUUUACUCAACACCAGACAAUCCACACUGGUGAGAAGCCCUGCAAUUGUAAUGAAUGUGGGAAAACCUUCAGCCAGAACUCUUCACUUACUUGCCACCAGAGAAUUCACACCAGGAAGCCCUAUGAAUGCAAAAUUUGCAAGAAGGCCUACACCCAGAUUUCCCACCUCAUCCAACACCAGAGAACUCACACCAGAGAGAAACCUUAUGAGUGCAGUGGGUGUGGGAAAGCCUUCAGCCGGAGCACCUAUUUCAUCAAGUAUCAGAAGAUCCACACAGGCGAGAAGCCCUGUAAGUAUAAGGAAUGUGGGAAAACAUUCAGUCACAACUCAUCCCUCAUUCAACAUCAGAGGAUUCACACCGGUGAGGAACCCUAUGCCUGUAAGCAGUGCGGGAAAGCCUUCAACCAAAGCAUUCACCUUAUUCAGCAUCAGAGGAUUCAUACUGGAGAGAAGCCCUACAAAUGUAAGACCUGUGGGAAAACCUGUACUCAGAUUUCACACCUCAUUCAACACCAGAAAGUUCACAUGGGUCACAUAGGUCACAAGACCUAUAUGUAUAAAGCAUGCGGAGAGGAUUUCAGCUGGGGUUCACACCUGGCUGAACAUCAGAGACUUCAUACUGUGCACAAUUUUGAGAAAGCCUUUGCUUAGGGCACACAGCUCACUGAUCAUCAGAGAACUCGUGCUGAGUAGAGAGCCUGAGAAUGAAAUAGAGGUGGUGAUCCUGCUGUUAGAUUUAGUCGAGCUUGCUGAGCUGCAACAGGAACUCCUCAUUUGUCAUUUUUAACAGGUGCAUAAUAUUUCAGGCUAUUGUUUCUAGAAUUUACUUAACCAAACUCUAUUAAUGGACAUUUGGGAGUGUUUUUAAAUUUUCUUUCCCAUCAUUGGGCAUAUAUUAUUUAACACUUGUGCAAAUUACUCCAUAAGAUGAAUUCCUAGAAGUUAGCUUGUGGGAUCAUAGAAAGUCCAUGUUUAAAAUUUUGUUAGUUACUGCUAAAUAAUCCUCCAGAAAAGGAUGACUCAAUUUACAUAACUCCCGAAAGUAUAUAUGGCUGCCUGUUUCUCUCUUCCUCCACUUCCUUCGCAAAUACUCAGUAUUAAUCAUUUUUAAUUUUUAAAUUUAUUUUUCUUA